UUACACCGCCGCCGGCGCCGGUAGCACCCUCAAGUUUGUUUUACACUUUCUGCUGCAUCACAUGUGCAUGCAGGCGUAAACGCACACAGCAGGGGCUGUACAUAGCAGAGACUGGCUUUCAAAGACAUUUUUGAGUGAAUGCUUCUAAAUUGUGAGGAGACCAAACAUCCAGAUCGUUUAUCUGCUCUUUGCAUGUCCACUGGUGCCGAUGACCACCAUGGCUUUGUAUCUGAUACUCUUCAUGCUGGCCUCAAGUGUGUCAGCACAAGAGCUGCCAUCAAGCCCGCACGGCUGCACAGACGGCAGCUGCUACCCUGCCACGGGAAACCUUUUGAUUGGGCGGGCUGUGAACCUAAGUGCCACCUCCACUUGUGGACUCCACGGUCCAGAGCACUACUGCAUUGUCAGCCAUCUUCAGGAGUCUGACAAAUGUUUCGAGUGUAACUCCCAGCAUCCCUAUCACCCGAACCGGCACAGAAACAGCCAUCGCAUCGAGAACGUGAUCUACCUCGUGGACAGCAACGGAGACAACACUUGGUGGCAGUCUGCUAACGGAGAGGAAAAUGUCAGCAUUCGACUAAACCUGGAGGCAGAAUUCCACUUCACGCAUCUCAUUAUGAAGUUCAAGACUUUCCGCCCUGCAGCUAUGAUCAUUGAGCGUUCUGCUGAUUUUGGACGCACGUGGCGCCCCUACCGCUACUUUGCCUCAAACUGCACCAAGACCUUUCACGGUAUCCCCUCUAAUGGCCUGCACCACAUCAACGACAUUAUCUGCGAGGAACGCUACUCCGACAUUGAGCCCUCCACUAAUGGGGAGGUCAUUUAUAAAGUGUUGGAUCCUGCCAUUCAUGUGAAAGACCCCUACAGCCUGGAUAUUCAAGAGCUCCUGCGUAUCACCAACCUGCGCAUUAAUUUCACAAAAUUGAACACUCUGGGAGACGACCUUCUAGACAGACGCUCCGACGUCCUCCAAAAAUAUUACUAUGCCAUCUACGAGCUGGUCGUCAGAGGAAGCUGCUUCUGUUACGGACACGCCUCCGAGUGCGCCCCAGUGCCAGGAGUUGAUGCACGAGCGAACGGCAUGAUCCACGGUCGGUGUGUUUGCAAACACAACACGGAGGGGCUGAACUGUGAACGUUGCCAAGAUUUUCACCAUGACCUGCCAUGGAGACCGGCCGAGGCGCAAAACCCACACACCUGUCGAGAGUGUAACUGCAACGGCCACUCAAGUCAGUGUCACUUUGACAUGGCGGUGUAUUUGGCCACGGGCAACAUCAGCGGAGGAGUGUGUGAUGACUGUUUGCAUAACACCAUGGGACGCAACUGUGAGAUGUGCAAACCUUUCUACUAUCAAGACCCCAAUAGGGAUAUUAGAGACCCACAGGUUUGUGUUGCCUGCGACUGUGAUCCGGUGGGCUCAAUGCAGGGAGGCGUGUGUGACAGUCAUACUGACCCAGACAUGGGCAUGAUCACUGGACAAUGUCGCUGCAAAGCUAACGUCAAAGGCUUGCGCUGCGACGACUGUAAUGAGGGUUACUAUGGACUCAGCCAAAACGACCCCCUGGGCUGUCAGCCUUGCAACUGUGAUCCUCGUGGCAUCAUUAUGAUGGGAGCCCCAUGUGAUCAGAUCAGCGGCGACUGCUCCUGUAAAAGAUAUGUCACUGGUCGCUACUGCAACCAGUGUCUGCCUGAAUACUGGGGUCUCAGUAAUGACCUGGCUGGUUGUCGACAAUGUGACUGUGACUUUGGCGGAGCCAUCAACAAUAGGUGCGCGAUGGAGAAUGGACAGUGUGACUGCAGGAGUCAUCUGAUUGGUCGGCAGUGCUCCGAGGUGCAGCCUGGCUAUUUCUGCGCCCCACUAGACUUCUACAAAUAUGAGGCUGAAGGGGCUACUGGACACUCGCCUAUUGACUCAGCUCUACCUGGCAAAGUCCGACCUCAGGCAGAGACAGACUGCGUUCAGCACCUCAGCAACCAGCUAAGAAGACACAGGCGUCACCGGCGGAUUGCCAACCCGCAACAACACCGCACGGCACUGAGGCGGAUCCGACAGCUUCAGCAGACACCGGAUGUGAGGACCAUUUAUAGAGAGAUCACCCGAAGUCACACAGUCACUUGGACCGGACCUGGUUUCGCUCGGGUCAAAGAUGGUGCUGGCCUGGUGUUUACUAUUGACAACAUUCCCUAUGCCAUGGAGUACGACAUCAUGAUCCGUUAUGAACCUGAGUCCACAGAGGACUGGGAGGCCAUCGUUAGUAUCACAUCUGUCAACCUGCCUUCCAGUCUUCGCUGUGGAAACCUUCUACCAACUGAGCAGCUCUACACGGUCACCUUGCCGCAUCGCAGCAGAUACAUCCAGAUGCCGAGGCCAUUCUGUUUUGAGCCAAAUAAUCGAUAUGUGGUGGCCAUCCGCUUCCAGCGCCACGGAGUGACUCACAGACACCUCACUGCAUUCAUUCUUAUUGAUUCGUUGGUUGUGAUUCCCAAUUAUACCGAGCUGCCUGGUUUCCAAGGCAACGAGAUUGAGGGAGAGUUGCGACGUGAGGAGAUGAUUCACUACAUGUGCCUGGAUUCCUUUUUGAUCACGCCGAUGCCCACCUUGGCUGACGUGUGCUCCAAGCUCAUCUGCAGUAUUUCGGCCAUCAUUCAUGAUGGCGCACUCCCCUGUGAGUGUGACCCUCAAGGCUCCCUCUCAAGCCAAUGUGAAGGGGUCGGAGGACAAUGCCGCUGUAAGCCCAACGUGAUGGGUCGACGCUGUGACCGAUGUGCUCCGGGAACUUAUGGCUUUGGAGUGAGUGGUUGUACCGCCUGUGACUGUCAUUCAGAGGGUUCACUAAGCCACCAGUGUGACCCUGUUACCGGCCAGUGUCAGUGCCGGGAGGGAGCAACUGGGCGCCAGUGCUCAGACUGCCAACCUGGCCAGUGGGGCUUCCCGAGCUGUGCCCCCUGUCAGUGUAACGGCCAUGCAGACACCUGCGACUCCCGAACUGGCGAGUGUCUAGAAUGCCGAGACUACACAGUGGGUCGUCUCUGUGAACGGUGUCAGGACGGAUUCUUUGGAAACCCAGUGCUCGGCUCAGGGGAUCACUGUCGCCCCUGCUCCUGCCCCGGUAAUCCCGGUUCGGAUCACUUUAACGGCCACUCCUGCCAAGCUGACCACUCUUCAAACCUCAUUAUGUGUAACUGCAGACAAGGCUUUGCUGGUCCUCGCUGUGACCAGUGCGCCCCCGGUUACUACGGCGACCCACAGCAAACUGGUGGCCAGUGCCUUCCAUGCGAGUGCAGCGGCAACAUCGACACUCAGGACCCUGAGUCAUGUGACCCGAGGACAGGUCAAUGCCUCAAGUGCCUGUACCACACAGAUGGUCCGUCUUGUGCCCAAUGUCAACAAGGUUACUAUGGCAAUGCAAUGGCCCAAGACUGUCGACGCUGCACCUGCGUGACUGCUGGUACUGUCCAAUCGACUUGCAGCGAUGGACAGUGUGACUGUGAUCGUCAGACAGGCUCUUGCCUAUGCAAGGAGAAUAUCUCCGGCCAUAACUGUGACCAAUGCGCUCCUAACCACUGGAAUUAUGGCCAGGAGGAAGGCUGUGAGCCCUGUAACUGCGACUUGCAACAUUCCACGGGACCUCAAUGCAAUAUGUUCAGCGGUCAGUGCCACUGCCAUCCAGGCUUCGGAGGGAAACAGUGCACAGAGUGUGAGCAGCUCCACUGGGGAGACCCACGGGUACAGUGUCAAGAGUGUAACUGCCAUCCUCAGGGCUCAGAAGUAGCACAGUGUGACCGGACCAGCGGAGCGUGCCAGUGCAAGGAGGGAGCUGCAGGGAAACGCUGUGACGAAUGUGCCCGCGGCUUCACUGGUGUUUUCCCCGAAUGCGUGCAGUGCCACGCCUGUUUCCAAUUGUGGGACGACGUGGUGUGUCAGCUCAAACGCGACCUGGAGCACAUCCAGCACACCGCUAACAAGAUCCUGGAAAGUGGCGUCACACCCGGAGUCAGCGAUGCUCGUAUCAAAGAGCUGGAGGAGAAGCUGAAGGAGGUGCAGGAUCUGAUUGGUAAUGAGGACAGUGAAAGAAUCCACCAACUGCUUGGGCAAAGCAUUGAUGACCUAAGGGCAGAGAUUGCGUUGACCGACGGGCGUCUGAUGGGUGUCGCACGAGAACUCAACACAACAGCAGAGGAUGAUGAUGCACUGAGACGGACUCUGAGCGACAUGGAGCGACAGCUGAUGGACAUAAACGCCACGGUUGCUUCUAAACAGCAGCAGAUAGACGACUACCUCACCUCAGGAUUUUCAGAUCAGUUCAAAAAAGUGAAGCUAUACUAUCAGGAAUCAUCAGAGGCAGAGGAGAAAUGCAACACGUCGGUGUCUGGUCCCCUCAGUCCCGUUGAACAGUCCAAACAAACUCGCUCCCUCAUUGAAAACUUGUUGAAUACGACGGAAGAUAAGUUCCUCCACGCCAUGGCAGCGCAGAAUAAAUCUAUAGAGGAACUGCAACAGAAAGCCCAUGAGCUGAACCAUAAGGUCCAUCACCUGAGUAACCAGGUGUGUGGCGGCCACAGCAAUGCCAGUGUCAAUGGCAGCUGCGAAGACAGUCCGUGUGGUGGCGCUGGUUGCCGUGACAACCAGGGCAACCAUGUAUGCGGAGGGGAUGGAUGCAAUGGGACAGUGAGUGCUUCUCUAGCUGCGUUAAGUCACGCGAAGAAUGCCACCAACGCCCUAGAAGCUGCUAAUGAGGAACUCCACAACGUGGCCAAAAAGCUCCAAGAUAUAGCGUCUUUGAGCCAAGAUGUGAGGAAUCAGGCCAUGAACACCCUGGAGAGAGCCGAGAAGAACAAAGAUGACUUUGAAAACUCAAACAGGAAGCUCAAAGAGUUCAUCAAGAAGAUCAAAGAUUUCCUCACUGAGGAGGGAGCAGAUCCGGAGAGCAUUGAGAAGGUGGCCCUGCAGGUCUUGUCCAUUAAGCUGCCGGUCAACAAAACCACAGUGGACACAAUGAUCAUGCAGAUAAAGGACAGCCUUUCCAACAUCACCAACAUCAACAACAUCAUCAAUGAUACAUCCCAGCACAUCAGUCAAGCCAAGCAACUUUUGGAAAAAGCAAAAGAGGCCAAGAGUCGAGCUGAGGUUGUGAAAGAUGCAGCCAAUGCUACAAAGACGGCCUUGGACCUGUCUGAGAAGGCGAUCGAAAAAGCAAGAAGUGCCCUGAAAGAGACUUUGGACAACCUGAACGGCACCAGGAGCGUCACUUUUGAGGUGGAUGAGAGGUUAACACAGCUGGAGAACAAGCAAAUGGAGGUCAUGAUGCGUUUAAACAACCUCUCCACAAACAUUGAAGCACUGAGAAACAAAACUGAGCUGAACAGGGAGAUGGCGAAAGGCGCCAAAGCUUUGGCUGACAACGCCACACUCCAAGCGGUGUCACUUGGGCAGAGCCUCAACGACACAGAGAGGCGCUACCGUGAGCUGCGAGAGAAGGUUGACUCUCUCGGGAGCGGCUCUCAGGGCUUGAACGCCAUCAACCAGAAGGCUAAGGAGCUCAAGAAGGAGGCGGAAGAGCUCCUCAACAAAGCUAACAUGGGCAUGGAGCAGCUCAAGAAGCUGGAGAAGAAGUUCAAGAACAACGAGCAGCGGAUGCAGCAGCAGCGUACGGAGCUGGAAGAGCUGAAGGAAAACGCCACUUUGGUACGGGACAUCAUUCGGGACCAAGUGCAGAAGUACGGCAGCUGCUCGUGAGGGUCUCGUCAUUCUCAAUUUGACUUUAGCCGCCUGAGCCGCCAGCACGGUAAUAAUGCUUGUCUGACUCCUUUUCCGAGUAUUCCACGUGACUUGUUAACAAUGUCCAUGUACUGUAUCACGUUGAGACGCCCGGAUAGUAACACUAUCCCGUGUGCUCCUAAUGUCUGAAGCUAAAAACAAAAGGAUGACCACUGGGAAGGAUUUCUUUUUCGGAUGAAUAUCAUGACAAAUGAAAAUAUAUAUCAGUGUAUUGGCCCCCUGUAUGAUUUUCAAUAUAUAUAUAUAUAUUUUACCAUAACUUGAUGCUAUUAUUGUAUGUACUGUUAACAAAAUAUUAUACCUGUUAAAGGGAGCAAAGUGGACCUGACUGAUUUUUAAAAAUAUAUAUUUUGUGUUUAUUUUUAUUGCAAAAGAGUCUCUUGAUUAAACAAAUCUUCAAUAAAACAUUUGAAUUUGUUUUGAUGGCAAA